AUGCCACCAGUGCGAAGAAGAAGGACGCCCCGCGAAAAACUACUUGCCUACAACCAAAAAAAUGCAGAGAAUCCCACCCUAAUCUACAAAGGAGAACGCUGUCCCGACGCGAAAAUAUGCGUCUCAUCGCACGUCAUGUGGAUCCGCGGAGAAAACAAUUUUGCCGAUGCAGUUGUGGUUUCUGGUCCUAAUCUCGCCGGGGAAAGCCAGCGCGAGAGAAUCGUAGUUGCUGAGAACGCGACGAGUCGGUACCAUUGGCACACGUACUUUGUGCGAUAUAUGCAUUAUGGGGAGACGCAAUCGCGUGUUUCGGAUAGGCCGGUGGCGGAGGCGGAUUUGGUUGAGAGGGCGUAUCCUAAUCCGAUUGUGGAUCGGACAGGCUCAACGAACACUUGA